CGCACAACGUGGGCUCUUUAAAACUGAGAAAUCUGUCUUUCAAAUACUUCAUCAAAUAUGUCAACUGCAACAAAUUACAGCGUUUUAAUUUUAGUAAUGAUACUCGCAGCGAGUGUAGGGAAGUCACAGGGUCUUUUUGAGUGGCUUUUUGGGGGCGGACAAGCGCAGGGAGAAGAAGGGAAGCAAGUUGAAGUGGGAUCGCUCUUGAAGACGAAUCGACAGGUGCCUUUUGAAAUGGCGACGGUGGAUGAGAAGUUUUUGAUGGAGGUCGCAGGACUGAAGCUGUCGCAGUUAGACUUGUGUCAUCAUGAGAUUGUUGGUAAGCUGAGGACUAGUUGUGGGGGUAUGUCAGAGGAUGACCUCGGCAAGCUGUCUGUGAUGCUGUUUAACUGCCAGGCAGAGAAUGAGGGCAGAAAAACAUAUCCCUGCACCGAGGAUAUG